AUGUCUUUUUGAUCUGAAAAAUAUACAAGACUUCUUCUGUAUCAUGUAAAUAUAGCACUAAAAAAUAUACAUGGACCGUUGACAUUUCAGGAUGUGACCAUAGAAUUCUCUCUGGAGGAAUGGCAGUGCCUGGACACGGCUCAGCAGACUUUAUAUAGGGAUGUUAUGUUAGAGAACUACAGAAACCUGGUCUUCCUGGGUAUUGCUGUCUCUAAGCUAGACUUGAUAGCUUGUCUGAAGCAAGGGAAAGAGCCUUGGAAUAUGAAAAGACAUGAGACGAUAACUAAACCCCCAGUUAUGCGUUCUCAUUUUACACAAGACCUUUGGCCAGAUCAGAGCAUGAAAGAUUGUUUCCAAGAAGUAAUACUGAGAACAUAUACAAGAUGUGGACAUAAGAAUUUACAAUUAAGAAAAGAUUGUAAAAGUGCCAAUGAGUGUAAGAUGCAUGAAGAAGGUUAUAAUAAACUUAACCAUUGUAGGACAACUACCCAGAGAAAAAUAUUUCAGUGUAACAAAUACAUGAAAGUCUUUCAUAAAUAUUCAAACUCAAAUAGAAAUAAGGUUAGACACACUAAAAAGAAAACUUUAAAAUGUAUAAAAUGUAGCAAAUCAUUUCUCAUGCUUUCACACUUAAUUCAACAUAAGAGAAUUCAUACUAGAGAGAAUAUCUACAAAUGUGAAGAACGUGGCAAAGCCUUUAAAUGGUUCUCAACCCUUAUUAAACAUAAGAUAAUUCAUACUGAAGACAGACCCUACAAAGGUAAGAAAUGUGGCAAAGCCUUUAACUUCUCUUCAGCGUUCACUAACCAUAAGAUAAUUCAUACUGGAGAGACAUACUUCAGAUGUGAAGAAUGUGGCAAACCUUUUAACCAGUCCCCAAAUCUUACUGACCGUAAGAGAAUUCGUACUGGAGAGAAAACCUACAAAUGUGAAGAAUGUAGCAGAGCUUUUAAGGGGUCCUCAAAUUUUAAUGAACGUAAGGUAAUUCAUACUGCAGAGAAACCCUACAAAUGUGAAGAUUGUGGCAAAACUUUUAACCAUUUCUCAGCCCUUAGAAAACAUGAGAAAAUUCAUACUGGAGAGAAACCCUACAAAUGUGAAGAAUGUGGUAAAGCUUUUAAGUGGUCCUCAAAACUUACUGUACAUAUGGUAGUUCAUACUGGAGAGAAACCCUGCAAAUGUGAAGAAUGUGGCAAAGCUUUUAGCCAGUCCUCAACGCUUAAAAAACAUAAGAUAAUUCAUACUGGAAAGAAACCCUACAAAUGUGAAGAAUGUGGCAAAGCUUUUAACAGUUCCUCAACCCUUAUGAAGCAUAAGAUAAUUCAUACUGGGAAGAAACCAUACAAAUGUGAAGAAUGUGGCAAAGCUUUUAGGCAAUCCUCACACCUUACUAGACAUAAAGCAAUACAUACUGGGGAGAAACCCUACAAAUGUGAAGAAUGUGGCAAAGCUUUUAACCAUUUUUCAACCCUUAGAAGACAUAAGAUAAUUCAUACUGGAAAGAAACCCUACAAAUGUGAAGAAUGUGGCAAAGCUUUCAGCCAGUCCUCAACCCUUAGAAACCAUGUGAUAAUUCACACUGGAGAGAAACCUUACAAAUGUGAAGAAUGUGGUAAAGCUUUUAGGUGGUCAUCAAAACUUACUUUACAUAAGGUAAUUCAUACUGCAGAGAGACCUUGCAAAUGUGAAGAAUGUGGCAAAGCUUUUAAGCAUUUCUCAGCCCUUCAACAAACUUACUUUCAUAAGGUAAUUCAUACUGCAGGGAGAGACCUUUGCAAAUGUGAAGAAUGUGGCAAAGCUUUGGGUUACUUCUCAGCCCUUAGAAAACAUAAGGUAAUUCAUACGGGGGAGAAAUUGUACAAAUGUGAAGAAUGUGGCAGCUAGCUGCUACCAGGCAAUCCUCACCUUACUAGACAUAAAGCAAUUCAUACUGGAGAGAAACCCUACAAAUGUGAAGAGUGUGGCAAAGCUUUUAACCAUUUCUCAGCCCUUAGAAGACAUAAGAUAAUUCACACUGGAAAGAAACCCUACAAAUGUGAAGAAUGUAAGUGUGCUUUCAGCCAGUCCUCAACCCUUAGAAAACAUGUGAUAAUUCAUACUGGAGAGAAACCCUACAAAUGUGAAGAAUGUGGUAAAGCUUUUAAGUGGUCCUCAAAACUUACUGUACAUAAGGUAAUUCAUACUGGAGAGAAACCGUACAAAUGUGAAGAAUGUGGCAAAGCUUUUAAGAAUUUCUCCACCCUUAUGAAACAUAAGAUCAUUCAUACUGAAAAACCCUACAAAUGUGGGAAGAACGUGGUAAAGCUAUGGUUAAGCCAAACUACUAAACAUAAGGUAAUUCAUACUGGAAAGAAACCCUGCAAAUGUGAAGAAUGUGGCAAAGCUUUUAGCCAGUCCUCAACCCUUAGAAAACAUGAGAUAAUUCAUAGUGGAGAGAAACCCUACAAAUGUGAAGAAUGUGGUAAAGCUUUUAAGUGGUUGUCAAAACUUACUGUACAUAAGGUAAUCUACACUGAGAGAAACUGCAAAUGUGAAGAAUGUGACAAAGCUUUUAAGCAUUUCUCAGCCCUUAGAAAACAUAAGAUAAUUCAUACUGGAAAGAAACCCUACAAAUGUGAAGAAUGUGGCAAAGCUUUUAACAGUUCCUCAACCCUUAUGAAACAUAAGAUAAUUCAUACUGGGAAGAAACCAUACAAAUGUGAGGAAUGUGGCAAAGCUUUUAAGCAAUCCUCACACCUUACGAGACAUAAAGUAAUUCAUACUGGGGAGAAACCCUACAAAUGUGAAGAAUGUGGCAAAGAUUUUAACAAUCCCUCAACCCUUAAGAAACAUAAGCUAAUUCAUACUAGGGAGAAAUUAUACAAAUGUGAAGAAUGUGGCAAAGGUUUUAACAAUUCCUCAACCCUUAUGAAACAUAAGAUAAUUCAUACUGGGGAGAAACCCUACAAAUGUGAAGAAUGUGGCAAAGCUUUUAACAAUUUCUCAACCCUUAGGAAACAUAAGAGAAUUCAUACUAGGGAGAAACCCUACAAAUAUGAAGAAUGUGAGAAACCCUACAAAUGUGAAGAAUGUGGCAAAGCAUUUAACCAGUCGUCACACCUUACUAGACACAAAACAAUUCAUACUGGAGAGAAACCCUACAAAUGUGAAGAAUGUGGCAAAGCUUUUAUUCAAUGCUCAUACCUUACUAGACAUAAAACAAUUCGUAUUGAAGAGAAACCCUACAAAGGUGAAAGUACCAAAGCUUUUAAGGAAUCCUCACCCCUUACUAGACAAAAUAAUACUGGAGAGAAACCCUACAAAUCUGAAGAAUGUGGCAAAGCUUUUAACCAUCCUUCAACCCUUACUAAACAUAAGAUAAUUCAUACUGGGGAGAAACCCUAA